UUUUAAUAUAAUCAAACAAUCAUACUUUGUCCUAUCUCUUUCUUGCAAUAAGAUUUUGCCACGUCACAUACUAAGAAGCUGGCGCGUCUAGUGGGGAAGCCAGAACGGCUCACUUUAAAAAGUAGAGAGAUGAUAACUUGAGCCGAAUAGAGCCGAGCUGAGCUAAAACGGUGGGAGAGGAAGAGGCUACUACUACCGUCACCAUCUCCGGUAAAAUAAUGUACUUGUCAUUUAAAAAUUAAGAAAAAACACAUCACUCUGCGAUAAAAUAGGCAAAAGCAGAUUUGAAGAAGAAGCAGCUUGAGAUAUCAAAUAGAGAGAGAGAGUGACAGAGGAGUGUGUGAACAUCCUUUUUUAGUAGAUUUGGGUUUUCGAGAUGCCGUAUUGAAUCGGCUACGAAUUUCCCAAUUUUGAAUUUUGUGAAUCUCUCUCUUUCUCUGUGUGUCGGUGGCUGCGAUGGAGGCCAGUGCCGGCUUGGUUGCUGGAUCCUACCGGAGAAACGAGCUCGUUCGGAUCCGACAUGAAUCUGAUGGCGGGACCAAACCUUUGAAGAAUAUGAAUGGCCAGAUAUGUCAGAUCUGUGGUGAUGAUGUUGGACUCGCUGAAACUGGAGAUGUCUUUGUCGCGUGUAAUGAAUGUGCCUUCCCUGUGUGUCGGCCUUGCUAUGAGUACGAGAGGAAAGAUGGAACUCAGUGUUGCCCUCAAUGCAAGACUAGAUUCAGACGACACAGGGGGAGUCCUCGUGUUGAAGGAGAUGAAGAUGAGGAUGAUGUUGAUGAUAUCGAGAAUGAGUUCAAUUACGCCCAGGGAGCUAACAAGGCGAGACACCAACGCCAUGGCGAAGAGUUUUCUUCUUCCUCUAGACAUGAAUCUCAACCAAUUCCUCUUCUCACCCAUGGCCAUACGGUUUCUGGAGAGAUUCGCACGCCUGAUACACAAUCUGUGCGAACUACAUCAGGUCCUUUGGGUCCUUCUGACAGGAAUGCUAUUUCAUCUCCAUAUAUUGAUCCACGGCAACCUGUCCCUGUAAGAAUCGUGGACCCGUCAAAAGACUUGAACUCUUAUGGGCUUGGUAAUGUUGACUGGAAAGAAAGAGUUGAAGGCUGGAAGCUGAAGCAGGAGAAAAAUAUGUUACAGAUGACUGGUAAAUACCAUGAAGGGAAAGGAGGAGAAAUUGAAGGGACUGGUUCCAAUGGCGAAGAACUCCAAAUGGCUGAUGAUACACGUCUUCCUAUGAGUCGUGUGGUGCCUAUCCCAUCUUCUCGCCUAACCCCUUAUCGGGUUGUGAUUAUUCUCCGGCUUAUCAUCUUGUGUUUCUUCUUGCAAUAUCGUACAACUCACCCUGUGAAAAAUGCAUAUCCUUUGUGGUUGACCUCGGUUAUCUGUGAGAUCUGGUUUGCAUUUUCUUGGCUUCUUGAUCAGUUUCCCAAAUGGUACCCCAUUAACAGGGAGACUUAUCUUGACCGUCUCGCUAUAAGAUAUGAUCGAGACGGUGAACCAUCACAGCUCGUUCCUGUUGAUGUGUUUGUUAGUACAGUGGACCCAUUGAAAGAGCCUCCCCUUGUUACAGCAAACACAGUUCUCUCGAUUCUUUCUGUGGACUACCCGGUAGAUAAAGUAGCCUGUUAUGUUUCAGAUGAUGGUUCAGCUAUGCUUACCUUUGAAUCCCUUUCUGAAACCGCUGAGUUUGCAAAGAAAUGGGUACCAUUUUGCAAGAAAUUCAACAUUGAACCUAGGGCCCCUGAAUUCUAUUUUGCCCAGAAGAUAGAUUACUUGAAGGACAAGAUCCAACCGUCUUUUGUUAAAGAGCGACGAGCUAUGAAGAGAGAGUAUGAAGAGUUUAAAGUGAGGAUAAAUGCUCUUGUUGCCAAAGCACAGAAAAUCCCUGAAGAAGGCUGGACAAUGCAGGAUGGUACUCCCUGGCCUGGUAACAACACUAGAGAUCAUCCUGGAAUGAUACAGGUGUUCUUAGGCCAUAGUGGGGGUCUGGAUACCGAUGGAAAUGAGCUGCCUAGACUCAUCUAUGUUUCUCGUGAAAAGCGGCCUGGAUUUCAACACCACAAAAAGGCUGGAGCUAUGAAUGCAUUGAUCCGUGUAUCUGCUGUUCUUACCAAUGGAGCAUAUCUUUUGAACGUGGAUUGUGAUCAUUACUUUAAUAACAGUAAGGCUAUUAAAGAAGCUAUGUGUUUCAUGAUGGACCCGGCUAUUGGAAAGAAGUGCUGCUAUGUCCAGUUCCCUCAACGUUUUGACGGUAUUGAUUUGCACGAUCGAUAUGCCAACAGGAAUAUAGUCUUUUUCGAUAUUAACAUGAAGGGGUUGGAUGGUAUCCAGGGUCCAGUAUAUGUGGGUACUGGUUGUUGUUUUAAUAGGCAGGCUCUAUAUGGGUAUGAUCCUGUUUUGACGGAAGAAGAUUUAGAACCAAAUAUUAUUGUCAAGAGCUGUUGCGGGUCAAGGAAGAAAGGUAAAAGUAGCAAGAAGUAUAACUACGAAAAGAGGAGAGGCAUCAACAGAAGUGACUCCAAUGCUCCACUUUUCAAUAUGGAGGACAUCGAUGAGGGUUUUGAAGGUUAUGAUGAUGAGAGGUCUAUUCUAAUGUCCCAGAGGAGUGUAGAGAAGCGUUUUGGUCAGUCGCCGGUAUUUAUUGCGGCAACCUUCAUGGAACAAGGCGGCAUUCCACCAACAACCAAUCCCGCUACUCUUCUGAAGGAGGCUAUUCAUGUUAUAAGCUGUGGUUACGAAGACAAGACUGAAUGGGGCAAAGAGAUUGGUUGGAUCUAUGGUUCCGUGACGGAAGAUAUUCUUACUGGGUUCAAGAUGCAUGCCCGGGGUUGGAUAUCGAUCUACUGCAAUCCUCCACGCCCUGCGUUCAAGGGAUCUGCACCAAUCAAUCUUUCUGAUCGUUUGAACCAAGUUCUUCGAUGGGCUUUGGGAUCUAUCGAGAUUCUUCUUAGCAGACAUUGUCCUAUCUGGUAUGGUUACCAUGGAAGGUUGAGACUUUUGGAGAGGAUCGCUUAUAUCAACACCAUCGUCUAUCCUAUUACAUCCAUCCCUCUUAUUGCGUAUUGUAUUCUUCCCGCUUUUUGUCUCAUCACCGACAGAUUCAUCAUACCCGAGAUAAGCAACUACGCGAGUAUUUGGUUCAUUCUACUCUUCAUCUCAAUUGCUGUGACUGGAAUCCUGGAGCUGAGAUGGAGCGGUGUGAGCAUUGAGGAUUGGUGGAGGAACGAGCAGUUCUGGGUCAUUGGUGGCACAUCCGCCCAUCUUUUUGCUGUCUUCCAAGGUCUACUUAAGGUUCUUGCUGGUAUCGACACCAACUUCACCGUUACAUCUAAAGCCACAGACGAAGAUGGGGAUUUUGCAGAACUCUACAUCUUCAAAUGGACAGCUCUUCUCAUUCCACCAACCACCGUCCUACUUGUGAACCUCAUAGGCAUUGUGGCUGGUGUCUCUUAUGCUGUAAACAGUGGCUACCAGUCGUGGGGUCCGCUUUUCGGGAAGCUCUUCUUCGCCUUAUGGGUUAUUGCCCAUCUCUACCCUUUCUUGAAAGGUCUGUUGGGAAGACAAAACCGAACACCAACCAUCGUCAUUGUCUGGUCUGUUCUUCUCGCCUCCAUCUUCUCGUUGCUUUGGGUCAGGAUCAAUCCCUUUGUGGACGCCAAUCCCAAUGCCAACAACUUCAAUGGCAAAGGAGGUGUCUUUUAGACCCUAUUUAUAUACUUGUGUGUGCAUAUAUCAAAAACGCGCAAUGGGAAUUCCAAAUCAUCUAAACCCAUCAAACCCCAGUGAACCGGGCAGUUAAGGUGAUUCCAUGUCCAAGAUUAGCUUUCUCCGAGUAGCCAGAGAAGGUGAAAUUGUUCGUAACACUAUUGUAAUGAUUUUCCAGUGGGGAAGAAGAUGUGGACCCAAAUGAUACAUAGUCUACAAAAAGAAUUUGUUAUUCUUUCUUAUAUUUAUUUUAUUUAAAGCUUGUUAGACUCACACUUAUGUAAUGUUGGAACUUGUUGUCCUAAAAAGGGAUUGGAGUUUUCUUUUUAUCUAAGAAUCUGAAGUUUAUAUGCUAAGCUUUUCACUUUACUACAAAAAGUUUAUGGAUAUGAUGGUGUACGUCAAUUGUUGGUGCAAGUGUUGAUGUCUUCGGGUGAACUCGCCCUCUUGUUUUGUCUCACCCAUCAGUACAAAUAGAAUGACAUUUAUUUUUUUGAACUUUUAACGAAAUCUUUG